AUGUCUGGGAGCGCUGGCUAUGAUAGACACAUCACCAUUUUCUCAGACCAAGGUCGUCUGUACCAAGUCGAAUAUGCCUUCAAGGCCAUUACAGCCGCAAAUAUCACCUCAAUCGGUGUGAGAGGGAAGAACUGCGCAGUGGUAUUGUCUCAGAAGAAAGUCGCUGAUAAACUGAUUGACCCGUCGUCCGUUUCGCACGUUUUUCGGCUUUCUCCCUCCGUCGGUUGUGUCAUGACUGGUUCUAUUGCUGAUGCCAGAGCUUCUGUCGACCGUGCUCGCGGAGAGGCGGCUGAAUUCCGGUACAAAUAUGGCUACGAAAUGCCUUGCGACGUCCUUGCAAAAAGACUUGCCAACAUCAACCAAGUUUACACACAAAGGGCUUACAUGCGUCCGCUAGGCGUUGCCAUGACUCUGAUUUCCGUUGACGACGAGAAAGGCCCACAACUUUACAAAUGCGAUCCCGCAGGAUACUAUGUCGGGUACAAGGCCACUGCAUCCGGUCCCAAGCAGCAGGAGGCGCUCAAUUACUUGGAGAAGAAACUGAAGAACAAGGAUUAUGCUGAGGGUAGCUGGGAGGAGGUGGUCGAGCUCGGUAUCACGGCCUUGAGCAACGUGUUGAGCGUCGACUUCAAGAAGCACGAGUUGGAGAUUGGUAUCGUUGGUGGUCCUCGAGCAGACGGCAAGGAGGGAACAGAUUCUGCGUUCCGUGCCUUGACGGAAGACGAGAUUGACGAGCGGCUACAGGCCAUCAGCGAGAAGGAUUGA